GCUGAUGUCGUAUGUUGGAAAUUUAACAAUUGGAAUUUGUUGACAAUAAUUAAGAUUUCACGUUGUGAGGCGCCAAAAUGCCGCCACACUAUGAGCGCUGUGGCGAGAUCGUAUGGCAGUGCAAACGCACGACACGCAGCUUCGCCUUCAAGUGCAUCUACUGUGAUCAUCAAGCGAGCGCCUUUCACAACUUCAAACGACAUUUGGAGACACAGCAUGCUGAGGAGAUCAAGAUCGAAAUCGAUGUGACAGAAUCAACGGCAAUGCGUCAAACACGAAGCAAUCAACGCGAGCCUAUUGCUACAGCAGAAGCAGAGCCGUCAACUGAACCUGUAAAGCUGGAGGAGAUGGAUCCAUUGGACUGCCAGGAGGAAGCGUCUGAAUCGGAUGCAGACGAGGAGCAGCUGUUCGAUAUGACCAGCUACAGUGACAGUGAAAGCGAAGACGCCGUUGGGCAGCAGCUGGACAUUGCGUCCACAGAUGUUUCACAUUUUUGGCUGAAAGAGCAUCCCAUAAUGCAUGCUCUGAUCGCACAGUACAAGGCAGCUCAGCUGCUGUGGGAUCGCGGUCUGCUCGAGUAUCGCAACUACAAGAAACGUGGCGAGGCCUGUGAACAGAUUGCCAAUCAGUUGAAUGAAGAAUUUGAGCAGCAAUUGAAGCCACAGCAGAUUAACGAACUGACGAAGCAGCUGCGCACCGUCUACGCCGAUGAACAGCGUCGCAGGCAGCGGCAGCCAGCGGACGCUGACACUGCUGAGGUCUGGUACUGCCAAGCGCUGAGCUUUCUGGGCGAGAAUGCGCGCCGCAAAGCGAAUCACACGCUGAAUGCAGCGUUGCCAGUGCCGCAGUUGACGGCGGAGCAGAAUGUGAAGUUCAUUGAGCUGUAUCAACGCUGCCAGCGUCUGUGGGACAUGCAGGACUUGACCUGCCGCCUGCGACAUGUGCGUGUAGAGGCCAAAAACAAGUUGCUGCAACUGUGCCGCACCGAGUUGCAGCUCACGCUGCAGCCGUCGCAACUGCAACGCUACAUCAAGCACAUGCGACGCUCGUUUCUGCAGGAGAAAUCGCGUCGCUACGAGUGCAAGCGGAAAGGACUGACGUACAAGGCACGCGGCGGUUGCUACCAGCAGCAGCUUCAGUUUCUCGACGCGCACAUGCCACCAUUUCAGUGCCAGCACUGCGAUCAGCUGCUGAGCAGCAUGGAUCGCUACAAGGUACAUUUGGCGGAGCACGACGGCAGUCUGCCGUUUAUGUGUCCGUUCUGUGAUCGGGGCUUCACACGCAGCGACAACUGCGUCAUCCAUGUGCGCCGUCACACGCAGGACUUUACGCAGACGUGCGACGAGUGUGGCAAACGUUUCGCCAACACCACCGAUCUGCAGGUGCAUCGACGUCAGCACACCGGCGAGAAGCCCUAUUGCUGCGAUGUCUGCGGCCGUCGCUUUGCCACCUGCUCGUUCUUUGAGCGCCACAAACGGCGCCACGAACGACGUCCAGCGGGCAAGUGUCAGGUGUGCGGGAAGAUCUUCUACGAGAGGACGCGACUCAACGAUCACAUGAAGGGACAUCUCAAUGUGCGCGACAAGGUGUGCGAUGUGUGCAACAAGGCGUUCACCAGCGCCAAAUAUUUGCGCCAGCACAAGGAGAUUCAUGCCGCACUCAAGCGCUACAGCUGCAAGGUCUGUGGCAAGCGAUUCGCUCAAUAUGCCGGACUCAAAGGACACAUGAAGUCGCAUGGCGGUUCAGUUCGCAGCGUGGCCAAGAAGAAGGAAAAUGAGAUGGAGGAGCAGUUGGAGGUGGUGAAAGAAGAGACUUCUUUAGCAUCCCAACCAAAUGCAAUCAAUUAAGUUGUAUAGCAAAUGUUGCAUUUAACUGCAAUUCGCAGUUAAUUCCCAAAUCUAUAGCAUACUUCUUAGAGCUAUAAUCAAAGAGAAGCCAUGAAGGCAACAUUCUUUAAUUUUGAGUAAUGACUCAUGUCGUCAAAAGAACUGAGAACUCUGUCAUUGUGAUUGAUGAAUAAUUUAUCACUUGUUAAGUUUGAAAAACCAAUGAAUCUUAUGCAAUUCUGAAUUAAUUCUAAGUGUAAAAAAAUAAAGAAAGUUGUACAGGAUCGAAUUUGAAAUUGAUAUACUGAUCAUUGAUCAUUGAUCAGAAUGUCCCAUUUACUUUAAAUAGAAAUUAUGUGCUCAAUCUUAGCUAACGCAUUUAAGUAAAUUGCAUUUAUACUAAAAGCAAAUAGUGAAAUUUACCCAGAAACACACAAUAGAUAUCGAUCGAGGCUAUCAACCUGUAAAUAAGUAUUCCACAACUUAAUUAUACCACAAUUCUUUUUAAAACUUUAACUAACUAAUAUAAAUAGUUUCUUCUAUAUAUAAUUGCGAAUCAAAUUAUGUAAAUCGCAAAAUGGAGCUUAUUUACUCAAAUACUCGAUUUAGCUUAAAGCUACAUACAUAAGUAUAAAUAUUAGAUUAAACGCACAAAGAGUUUAUUUUUAUCGAGUCGGCAAUAAUAUAUCAUAUUAUAGAUAUUAUAUUAUUAUAGUACAUAGUUAGAUCGAUUUGUAUGAAAAAUGAAGUUAAACCCACAACACAGCUGUUAAGUUACACCACUUAUCUGCUUAGCAAAAGUGUUGUACAAUCAGAGUGACGUUUGAAAUAAAAAUAAAUCGA